UUUGUUUACAAACCAUUUUCAGUCUUAUUCAAAACGCGCAAAACCGUCCAUGUUCUGCUGUCAAUAAUCCGACUUCCAGCUUUAAGGGGCCAAACCCCGCUUCGUUCGAUUUACUGACCUGGGAUUCCUGUUUGUGCUUGCUGAUAAAGAGACUGGUCACAACUUCACCAAAAUGCGGACUGCAUCGCAACUAUUCUAUCUUGCGGUCUUUGGGCUGCUAGGUGCCUGUCAUGCGGACAAUCAGCAGCGUGCCACGCAGCUACAGAAUUCCGGCCCUGAGCGGUGUCCAUUAGAGCCCAAUGCGAUUGUAUCAGAUGCCUGCGUAUCAUACAAGGCGCUCGACGACAUCAACAAGGAAUUAGCGCCAGUGAUCACCUCAAUCACUCAUAACACCGACUUCUUUUCUUACUACCGUCUCAAUCUCUUCAAUCGAGCCUGUCCAUUUUGGUCGGAUGAGACAGCCAUGUGUGGAAAUAUCGCUUGUGCUGUGCAAACUUUGGAAAAUGAAGAGGACAUUCCACCGGUAUGGAGGGCGGAGGAACUUGGCAAGCUUGAAGGUCCAAAGGCAGAACACCCUGGGAGAAAGCAACAAGAAGAACACAAAAGCAAGCCUUUGAUGGGCGGGCUUGGUGAAAACGUUGGUGAAAGCUGCGUUGUCGAGUACGAUGAUGAGUGCGACGAGCGCGACUACUGCGUGCCGGAGGACGAGAGCGCCACUGGAAAUGGGGACUAUGUUAGCUUACUAGACAACCCGGAGAGGUUCACUGGAUACAUUGGCGCAUCCGCGCAGCAAGUUUGGGAUACCGUCUACCGCGAAAAUUGCUUCUCCAAGGGUCAAAAGACGGUCGACGUCGGCAAGUCUGAACUUGCGGCCUUUGAUCUUCGAAGUGUCAUGAAGGAGCAUGGACGCCACCAGGCAGCUACCGAACAGGCAAGUCAGGGAACAGUCGAUGACGGUCUAGAGUUUGAUGACGAAUGUCUCGAAAAGCGUGCCUUUUAUCGGAUUGUGAGUGGCAUGCACAGCUCGAUUUCGACGCACCUGUGCUGGGAACAUCUCAACCAAACCACCGGAGAAUGGGGUCCGAACCUCGUGUGCUAUGAGAAGCGUCUGCAUAAUUUCCCAGACCGGAUAUCCAACCUCUACUUCAACUACGCACUUGUCCUUCGCACAGUUGGUAAACUUCGAAACCAUUUGAAGGAUUACACCUUUUGUUCCGGUGACCUGGACCAGGAUCGACAAACCAAAUACAUGGUCCUGAGCCUGGUCGACCGAAUUGCCGCCGGGCCAAAGAUUUUCGAUGAGACGGUAAUGUUUCAAGAUCCCAGUGCGAUUGGACUCAAGGAGGAUUUCCGCAACCGCUUCCGAAAUGUCUCUCGACUUAUGGAUUGCGUGGGAUGCGACAAGUGUAGGCUCUGGGGGAAACUUCAGACUUCUGGCUAUGGCACCGCGCUCAAGGUACUCUUCGAGUUUGACGAGACGAACGAUGCUCUCAAUCCUCGGCUCCGUCGGACGGAGCUCGUCGCUCUUGUCAACACUCUCGGUCGUAUCUCCCACAGCAUGUCCGCCAUCGUUAAUUUUCAGAAGAUGGUCGAGGCCCGUGACGCCGGCGUUCCGUUCAGCGCGGAGCAAAAGAGGAAGCUCUUCGAAGAGUCCGCUCAAGUCGAAGAGAUCUUCGUGGAUGCUGAUGAUGACUACGAUGUCGAUACAGACGAGAAACCCCACAAUAACAGCAAUGACGGCACUUGGUCUACGGCUUGGAACUCAGAAACUAAGGCCAUUUAUGAUGCCUUUCUCAUGGUUAUUCGUAGCUGGAUUUCCCUUCCCGGCACCAUCUACGAAAUCUUUGUUAUUGAGCUUUCCCGAUUAUGGGAUUACUGGAUUGGGGUCCCAGUUCGGCCACGCACAUGGGAGAUUCGACCCUUCAACCAUGAGGAACUGUAAAAUAUAGAUAUUCGGCCUACGCCCGAUCCUAUUGUAAUUGGCAAUCCUGC